GCAAUGGUACCUAAAUCAGCUCUGCUAGUACUUUUUUCUCGGCAUUUCCCGCUCAGGGUCACCCCGACCCAAGCCUGCUGAGCAGUCAGUCUCUUUCCUCCUUGCGUUCGGUGUAGUGUAGAUCUACGACUGAGAGGCGCUGUGACCGGCGGACGCAUUGUGGCCAAAGCUCAGGACGAUGACAGAUACCAGCCGGCAUCUCCACUAGAUCAUCACCAACUCUGCUGGUCUGUACUGCAGAUCGGCUACACUACUGCAGCGCCAUGGCGCACUCGUCUUUCACUAGCGACGGUAGCCGGGCAUUGCACAAGAGAGCGAGCCGCAGCUAGCAGUAACAUGGACGUAUCCAUGUGUGCUGGUAGCUAACGCACAGCCCGUGCCAAGAGACCGUUACAAAGAAUGUAAUUCCUCCCAGAGUGGCCGCAUAGCACAUGUACAUACUGGAUCAGCGCUCACCACGCGGCAAGAGAAGUGCCCGAGUUUCGCGUAAGCGUAUUCUACAUGUGUUUUUCCUGAUGCUGAUGAAAACUUCUGAGAGAAUCCGUGCGGGAGAAUGCUGUAGACAUCUUCCCACACACUUCCAUCCGUGAGUGCCUUCGGCAAGCUGUUGCUGUUCGCUUCCCUCGCGGUCAACAACUUUCGACCGAUCCUUCCUUGCUUUCGGUGGAGGAAAGCGCACCACACGCAGAUUAGAUUUAGGGGAACCCGUUUAUGGCCACAAGCAUCGACGUCGCUUUCGGCUGGCUCGUCGGUUGUUUGAGUUGAAGUUGGAGAUAGCCCGUCUGGGCUCUGUGACGAACGCAUGCCAUACGUUCUGGUCUGCCCUUCCAAUCGGCAGAUGUGACUGGACAUCGGGCACCGAUGCAGGUGACUGCUGCGAAAGCUCCUCUAGGGCUGGGCGCAGAUUUGCGCAGGUGUGUGUGUGUUCAAGUCUCUCGGCCACAUAGCUGCAUUCCGGGCCAUCGCCAUCAUCAACAUUGACACCACCAGCAGCAGAAGCGAAGUGGCAGACGUUGACAAACCGAGGGCAGGCAGCCUCCAACUCAGACUCGAAACGAGGCCCAAAAGGAAGGAGAGGAACACAAAGGAAGUCGUGAUUGCCCGAGCUCACAGUCGGACAUGCAGGCCGUGGAGGAGUCGCCCCUGAUCAAGGCAGGGACGUUGUCCAAGCGCGGCUCUGGCUGGUUGAAGCGUUGGACGAAGCGCUACUGGGAGCUGCGCUCCGAUGGCUACCUCAGCUAUUUUAUCAACAGUCGAAAGAUGACGGUACGGCGUGGUCUCGUGGACGUCAAACACAACCUGAGGAGUGUGCUGAUGGGACGCGAGGCAAUGGAUUAUGGCGGCGGGAACUGGCCCAAACAGUCUGAUGGGACGUUUCUAAUCCUAGUGACGGAGGAGAGAGUGUACUGCCUGAUGGCAGAAGACGGAUACGAGUGCCACGAUUGGGUGCAAGGUCUGGCCAUGUUUGCCAAGAUGAAGCCAGACGCGUUGAAUGGAGUGUCGGCCGACACGAAAGACUCGAAUGGUUUCCUCGCUAACGGCCUGAAGAAUAACAAGCAAGCAGGUGGCGGUGCUGGGACGUACCAGCCGACGGAGCGUUACGAUGCCCUGGCCAGCAACGGCGAGGACGGAUGGGAGGACGACCCCGGUCCGGGCCAGUUCGACAUCGUGUACGACAGCCCCAUCCGGGACACGACCCUGCGACCUAGCGCAACCAUGGCAAUAAAUGUGAGCUCUGGCCCAUCCACCGCCGCUGGAAAGAAAGGCACACAACAGCAACGCCGCCAACCGGUGGCGGUUAUCAAGGAGAAUGGCGACAGCAGUGGAGACGGUGGUGGUGGUGGUGGUGGAUCUGCCGAGGUGUACGAGGAGUACGAGGUGGACUCUAAGAAAGAGAAGAAGGGCCGCAAGACGAAGCUGCCUCGGCUGCCGUCGCGUUUCAGCCGUAAGCGCCAGAACUCCCUUCAGCGGAGCAAGCGGGGCAAACACAUGCCCGCGCUGCCCAAGAAGCCAGGAAGACCCGGCGUAGCAGCAGCACCACCGAACACAUCCGCCGAUCACAAUCUGCCCGAACCGAUUCCGAGGAAGUCGCGCGCCCCGCCAAAGACGGCUCGCGGCUCCGGGCCCACACCACCUCCGCCGCCGCAGAAAUACACACUGCCGGGAACGUUCAAGGGCAAGUCUAACCAACCAGUUAAGACGGCGGACCCGACACCGGCACCACGACGACGAGGCAGUCCGCCGAACAGCAAGUUCAAGCAGCCGCCGAGAAAGUCGUCCUCCUCCAAACUCUACGUGAACAACGCGCAGCAGCAGAGGUCCUCCGCCGGACCACCUCCACCCCCGGCGCGUCAUCGUCACGGCUCAUUCUCCGAAGGCAGUGGCUCCUCCGGUGAAGUCGUUCUCUCACAGCCCAAGCUCAUCGGUCGUAAGCCGGGCGAUGGGCGUGCGAAAGCCAUGGUGCCGGCGAAAGGAAGGAGAUAGACGUACGAAAGCCAUAGUGCCAGCGAAAGGAAGGAGAUCGACCUAAUUUAUGGAAAUGAUGUGAUGAACAGCUUGCAGUGGUGUCGUGCAUACGCUGGGGUACACUUGAGUGAGAACAGAGAUGCUGACAGUACCAGAUAGUGGUAUCAUGCAUUGAGGUAGAGUACAGAAUAGUGACAUCAUGCAUUGAGGUACAGCAUUGAACAGUGACGUCAUGCAUUGAGGUACAUGUACACAGUACUGGACAGUGACAUCAUGCUAUGAGGUACAGUCCUGAAUGGUGACAUCAUGCAAUGAGGUCCAGUCCUGAAUGGUGACGUCACACAAUGAGGUAGGGUACUGAAUUGAAAAAUGCACAAUACGACAACACCUGGUUUACCCUGAUAAAUCCAGUAGCUCCUACC